AGGAGGACGCCGGGGAUGGUGCCUCCAUGGUGGGACCCAGGGGUCUUUAAAGGCCCCGGGAUGGGGGGCGGACCCCUCCCAUGCAAAUUCCUGCCCAGAGCCGUGUCCUGCCCGGGCUCCAGCUUCACCUUCAGCAGCUUCGGCAUGGAAUGGAUUCGACAGGCGCCCGGGAAGGGGCUGGAGUUGGUCGCAGCUAUUAGCAAGGAUGGUGGUUACACAAACUACGCGCCGUCGGUGAAGGGUCGCUUCACCAUCUCCAGGGACAACUCCCAGAGCACGGUCACGCUGCAGAUGAAGAGCCUCAAGGAGGACGACACGGCCACCUACUACUGCGCCAAAGAAGCUGGUGCUGGUGGUGCUGGUUAUUGUGGUGGCCCCGACCCCCACAUCGUGACCAAACUCUCUGCCCUGCUCUGUGGAGAUCUCACCUGGAGCCCUUUGUCCGGCUCUGGAGUCCUCAGCCCAGGAAGGACGGACAUGGCAGCCACAACCUCAUUGAGCCCCAACAUCCCUCAGCUCUUCCCCCAAAUCUCAGCACCUCCCGAAAGCCCGGACUGGACCCUUCCUCCCAAGAGGACGACACGGCCACCUACUACUGCGCCAAAGAAGCUGGUGCUGGUGGUGCUGGUUAUUGUGGUGGCCCCGACCCCCACAUCGUGA